ACGUGCGUGAAUGCGGGCGCGCGCGUGUCCCCGCCGCUCACGUGACCAGGGCAAAAUGUGACUCGGCGGUCACGUGAUCGCGCGGCGGGCCCGUGCCGCAGCCGGGGCCCGCUCGCCAUGGGCUGCUGCUACAGCAGCGAGGCCGAGGCCUCGGACCAGGAGGAAGAGACAAAGCGGCUGCUGGAGCCGGCAGCCAGCCCACCCGGCAAGGUGCUGAAUGGAGCGGAGCAGAGCUACCACAACCUCCCGUCGGCACGCACCGAUGAGCAGGCCAUGCUGUCCUCCAUCCUCGCCAAGACAGCCAUCAACAUCAUCGACGUGUCAGCAGCGGAUUCCCAGGGCAUGGAGCAGCACGAGUACAUGGACAGAGCCAGGCAGUACAGCACACGCCUGGCCAUGCUCAGCAACAACCUGACACACUGGAAGAAGCUCCCACUGCUGCCGUCUCUGACUAACCAACCGCACCAAGUGCUCGCCAGCGACCCUGUGCCCUUUGCAGACCUGCAGCAGGUGUCCCGGAUAGCUGCCUACGCCUUCAGCGCACUCUCACAGAUCCGUGUCGACGCCAAAGAAGAACUGGUUGUACAGUUUGGCAUCCCCUGAAUGUGCCCCCACCACCGCUUUUUCACCGCUUUGGAUUGUUUUUGGGUUUUUCCCUUUUUUUUUUCUCUGUAUCCCUUCCCUCCCCAUGCUGCUGCCACAGAACUUGGACAGAUACCCUGUUUCCUACUAAAUGCCAGGGCGUCCAUCCUUGGCACGUCCAGCCCACCUGCAUUGCUUGAGACGUUCUCCUCCUCCUCGUGGAUGGGUGUGCAUGGGGAGGAGGCUUGUCAGGGAUGAGCACAAAGGGAACAGCCAGUGUAAGGAGGCCCUGGUAUGGGUCGGCACUGUGUGCCAGGUCACCAGGACGGGUGGGCUGGAGCCGGGCAGAUGUGAUGCUCUGCGUGGGGUCUGGUGGCUCCAACACCAUCCCUUCUCCUUUUUAUGUCUUUAGACCUUUAUUUUGGUUGUUUUUUUAAUAACUAUUAUUUUUUGCCACAGUAGAUAAAGGCACGUUCAUCCAG